GCGGGCCUGCAUUGUAAUGCAUAGGUCUGGCUUUGUUUCCUGGGCUUUGUGUUUUCGGGAAAUCUGCCCUUUCAUUUUAAUGUCUGUGUAUUACAGACAGACGACGAUAUCGUAUUUGAAACAUUCUAUCAUCGGAGCGGGAAAGAGUUCCAAUGUAUAUACCAGAGUGGAAUGAGGUUCUACCUAGAUGACUUGGGAUCUAAGGAAUGGAUGCCAUUUCCUAAGCGUUGGUACAACGAAGGCUUGUUGGUGACAAACACCAUACUUAAAAAUGAAAAUGCAAAACAGAAUAUAAAUGAGCAAGCAACUGGGGGAUCAGGUCAAGGUGUGAAAGGUACAAGUGGUGGUAAUGACAGAGAAGGUUUUCUUAUGCAUCCGUCAAAAGGCAGAAUACCUACUUAUAUUUUUUAUAAAAAACAUAAUGUGCACAUGUACUUUGACAGAGAUAUUGGUUCCUGGGUUCGUAUGCCAAUUGGUUGGGAGAUGCAUCAUAGUAUGGUUAAAAGUCUCGUUGAUCAAAUAGACGAGGAAGUGCCAACAUGGGGAGAUCGGCAUGAUAUGUUAGCGUUACUACGAGCGUGUAACUACGAUCCUGAUGAAUGUAUAUCUAUAUAUCUACAUUUAGAAAAGGACGAAUGGAUGAAAGACGCUAAAGCACCAGGCAAAUCUAAAAAAGACAAGACAUCUGGAGUUAGAAAAGAAAAUUAGACACUUAGAAUACAGUUACAGAAAGAAAUGUAUGAUAGACCUGAAAGAAAUUUUAAUAAAGGAAUUUUAGUGUUCCUGUUAAAUGUUUCCAAGUAACUGCACACUUAAAGCUCCAAACAGAUGUGGCUAUAACUCGAAUGGAUUUUUAUAUGAUUAUACUGUUAGAAAGCUUUACAUAACGAUGCAUUUGUAGUUUAUAUAUAUAUAACUUAACAUUAUUGCCAAUUACUCCGUGUUUCGACACUGUUUGAAAGCAUUAAAUGAAAUCAAUAAAAUUUUCAGGAAAUAUGCCCUAACCGACAGAAUAUUGUUUUAUGAAUGUAAAAUUAAUUGAAGUUUGUUUGAAGCAUUGGUAUUUGGAAAAUGUCCAAUAAUAAUUUGCAAUAUAUUUUGCAUGGA